ACCGGUUCUCCUCUCAACUCCUUCCACCUCCACCACCAUAGCACUCCACUCCACUCCACUACUCCCAUAAACGUUUUUUGCCCCGGCUGCCCUUGUCAUCGUUCCAAGUUCCCACAUAAUUGGCAAAGCUCUCUAUCAUCAUCAUCAUCACCUCCUGCAACCUUACUACUUUACUUAUCACUACUAUUACUAUUACUCGUACUUGUACUAUUACAUUACCUUACCUUAACCCCCGCCCCAUCCCAUCCCAUCAUCUAUCUUCUUCACAUCUCCACACUUUUCUACCUACCUACACAUAAACCACUCUUGCAUCCCAUCACCACCCAUCAUAUAAUUGGCCAUCUCCUAGCGCAUACCUCCAUCGAUUUUCAUUUUUGAGAACAUACCCUUCGACGACCAUCUAAACCAACCACAUCCACGCCAUGGCGGACACUGUCGAGGAGACCAAGCAGUCCAUUUCUGGAGAGGGACAGGCCGAUGCCAACGCAUCCAUUGGAGGAAAAGGAAGCGCAGAGAGUUCGAGUAAGAAAACCGAGAAGAAAGCACCCAAGAAGCUGGGCAACAAGAAGGCCCAGCAGCAGCCCACACCCGAAGCCACGCCCGCCCCCGAAAGUGAUGGUGAAGGAGAGGCUGAACCGGACGACGCAGGAAAGAAAGAGGUCAACGGAGGCGCUGAGGAUUCCGAGCCCGAGCCCCAACCUCAAAAAUCGCAAUCCCGCCGCCGCCAGUCUCGAGGCCGUGGCCGCCGCAACGUACCCGAAUCCGACUCCGAAUCCGUGGCGAGGUCAGACGUCUCUGCCUCGGGUGGACGCCGCAACCGCCAGCGCCAGAAGAAGCAGCAGGGCGGGAAGGGCGGCCAGCUCGGCGGCAUCGGCGAGGAGCUCCCUGGAGGAGAACUCGUCAGUGGUGCCACCGACAUGGUCCAAAACACCGCUGGCAAUGCCGUGAACCAAGUGGGAAACACCGCUGGAAAGGCCCUCGGCGGUCUGACAGGAGGCGGCGGCGGCGACGAGGACGACAGCAAGGGCGAGCAGCUCCGAUUGCGAUUGGAGCUCAACCUUGAUAUCGAAGUCCAGCUCAAGGCCAAGAUCCACGGUGAUCUUACUUUGGGAUUGCUUAACUAAAUGUUUUCCCUUCCCGCGCUCUCCGCGACGAGACGAAUUUCCUACAUCACUAUAACUAUUCCCGCUUUCUACUUCUACUACUGCUACGACGAUGAUGAUGCCAGAGAGAAGAUCUAAUCUUUUGUUUGCUACUUGCUCUUUCGAGGGGG